GUUAUCGUCGGCGGUACGGCAGUACGCGCCGCGCUGCCUCGCCGGCAACUUGAUAAAUUCAAAAAGCCAAUAUCUCGUAGUUUUUCUUUCAUUUCGUUUCUUAUAUUUUACAUACACACGAGACGCGUAAUACGACCUCGUGGUUAAUUUUAAUUUCAAUACGUUUUAUCCUUGACGUGUACAGACAAGAUUAUCAUUUAAAAUUCAAGUUGCGAUCGACUUUGGAAAAAAAAGCGAUAAACUACUUUUUUUUAAUGUGUUUCAAUAAAUCUUUUUCGCUGACUGUGACGUUUUGCUUGAUUUCACGGUAAUUAUCUGGACAGCCGGUUGUAUCUUCUCGCUCGAGUGAGAGAGUACGAAAACAAGUAUCACAAGUGCCCCCCUCCUGAGUGCUGAUUUUGUCACCAGACGUGUAGAAAAAAAAAAGUGAUAAAAAUAUACAUCGCUGGGAUAUUUCCAUCCAUAAUUGUACGAUACGUGAAAACGACUGUACACAGCCAGUUUUGGUGCGGUUGCGGACCUGAUCUAAGAGACCCGGGGGCCACAUCGAAGUGGGUAUCGUUGUUGGUAGUGGAGUGGGAACGUCCAAAAAAAAUAAAGCGAGACAGUGUUAAAAAGACAGAGAAAAGAUAAUAAAAAAGAAUCCAGGAGUGUGUGUAAUCGUACGUUCGUGCGAGAGGCGGUCCACGUUGGAGUAUAAAACGUUGAAAUUCCGCGGGUUCAGUUGAUGGUGGUGGUGGUGGUGGUGGCAAAAGGCAUAGAAGUCCCGGGUGAGUUAUAACGCGGUUGAGGCGUCAACGGCCUUGAAAUUCUUUGGGAAUAUCAAAGCGUCACAUCACAGGUCGAGUGUUAUCAUCAGUUCUGUAUCAAUAUUAUUUUUUUUCUCAGUCAUAUUAUCCACUGAAUAUUUCAUUUGUGGCGUGUGAAAUUGGCUUGAUCCUCCAAUGCUGUUGGGGAAAAACUCCAAUCACUUACCUAUGAAGAAAUCAACAAUGAGAUAGAAGUCCGGGGCUGGCUCUUUUUUUCUUAAACAAACGGAGAGUACAAAUAGACGAGACCUAGAGAAAUCAAACUUCCCAUUCAAAACAUGACCACGUGACCUGUCGCUUGGUAAACAUUGUUGGACCACGUGCUUUACCCCCUCUAUCAUCCCCUCCGGGCAACUGCUGGCGUCCCCACUUCACCGACACUUAACUACACACGUAAAGUCCCGCGCAUUUUGUAGCGACUCUUGAGGCUUCAAUAACACUUGAUCGUUCUCUCGGCAGCGCCACGUGCGGCGAUAGAUUCUUUCUCCAUUUGUUUUCAUUUUGCCAUUUGCUCAGGUGUUGUACACCCACCGAACUAAUAAGCAACUGGCUUUGUUGAAUAACAGUGCAAGUGUUUAUUGUCGAAGAAAAAGUUUGUGUGUUUGAGGAAAAAAAAAGAAGUGUGGAUAACAAGUAUUCAAAGUGGAUUUUAUGGACGAUACCGGUAUGAUGGAUUCGGCGACGGGACCAAUAAUGGUCCCAGCGACAAUUCAACCACCACCAUCACUUUCACCACCAGAUCAGCCACACACACCUCAGGGCUUAUCCUUCGAUCUUGAGAAUGGAUUUGAACCACAAACUCGUGCACGAUCCAAUACGUGGCCAUUGCCACGACCUGAUGGCUAUGUUGAUGGUAAUGCUGGUGGUGGUAAUGGAAUUGGUAAGGAUGGAGUUGAGAGUGGUACACCACCGCAACAGAGUACCAUUGCACAAGGGGCGGGACUUCUUCCUGUUAAGAAAAAUUCAUCGAGAAGAAAUGCCUGGGGCAAUUUAAGCUAUGCUGAUCUCAUAACACAGGCCAUCACCAGUGCACCUGAGAAACGACUCACACUUUCACAGAUUUACGAGUGGAUGGUGCAGAAUGUACCGUAUUUUAAGGACAAGGGCGACAGCAAUAGUAGUGCCGGAUGGAAGAAUUCGAUAAGGCACAAUUUGUCCUUGCAUAACAGAUUUAUGCGAGUGCAGAAUGAAGGAACAGGAAAGAGCUCCUGGUGGAUGAUAAAUCCAGACGCUAAGCCCGGAAAAUCAGCCCGAAGGAGAGCGACAUCAAUGGAGACGAGUAAAUUUGAGAAGCGGAGGGGUCGAGUUAAGAAGAAGGUCGAGGCGUUGAGGAAUGGGUUACAAGCUGAUGCAACCCCGAGUCCCAGCAGCAGUGUCAGUGAGGGUCUUGAUCAAUUUCCUGACAGUCCACUUCACGCUGGAGGAUUCCAGCUGUCUCCUGAUUUUCGGCCAAGAGCUUCAAGUAAUGCCUCAUCAGUUGGCCGCCUGAGUCCCAUUCCUGCGGUCCUUGGGGAGCCAGACUGGACUGGAAGUUACGCCUCCUCUUAUAGUCCUGAGCAAUUAGCCGGUAAUCUUGCCGAGUCGAUGAAAUUGGAGCCCUACCAGUUGUAUCAAACAUCUCCACCGAAUCAUCAACAACAAACAGUGCCACCACCUUCCUACUUCGAGGCUCAAUACCAGCGAAAUAACACUCUGCGUAAAGCAACGUCACCGUACGGUCUACCCCCAACUCCACAGUCUGCAAACCAACAAAGAUGUCCCAUUCAUCGUCUUCAACCCUGCACGUGUCAAAUGAAUUUGAGUCCAGUCUCGGGGAUGUCGCCAUCUUACCAGAGUGAACCUAGCUCAUCACCACUGGGUGCUCAACAGCAAACGCAACAGGCCCAACAACAGCAACAAAUGAGAACAGUAAACGAGCAAGAGCUACAGUACCUCCUGCAAACUCAAAGUCAAACGCAACAGCAGAAUCAACAGAGGCUGGGUCAAACGAGACCAACGAAUUCUAGUCCCCCUCAUACGCCAACCUCCACACCAAGUACAAUGAUGGGUCAAUUAAUGGGCGCAUUAAAUAAUACAACGUUGCUUGAUGACUUGAAUAUUAAUAUUGAGGGACUCCACGGUGGUUUCGACUGUAAUGUGGACGAGGUAAUCAAGCACGAGCUUUCAAUGGACGGUACGUUGGACUUUAACUUUCAACAAGGAAUAAUGGGUACAGCAGCCGUCCAAGUUACAGACACUGCCAUGAAUCAGAGUAAUGUUGUUAUGGGAAACAACCAGGUUGGCUCGUCAAAUCCAUCUAGUGGCGUUUAUGCCACUACAAAUCCAACGACACCUGCUGCAGCACCCUCGUGGGUUCACUAGCAGUGGUGUGCACUAACAACGACACCAGCCUCGUUCUCCGCAACUUCCAUGCUGCCGCAUCAAACGCGUUUUUCUCAAUUUAGUGGAUCUAAGCGGCAAUAUACUGGAGUUCGAGGACCGGAGGACUGCCGAGACGAUCGGCUUGUGAUAAGAUAUAGAAAUAAUUCUAGAAUACGAAGAUAUACGUACUUGAAGGAUGGCAAUUUAUGCUAGGUAGUUGCAACUACAUCGAUGUAAUAAGAGAGAUAAUAAUUAUGAAAUAAGAGAGAAAACUAAAUACUGACGAUGAAUUGAACUUUUUGUUCCUGUGCCGGAUAACUUCAGCCACAAUUAUUCAAAUAGUGAAAAAUUUUUUACCAGGCCGUCAACUUAAUAGCCAUGAUUUUUUACUAACUGAUACUCAGUGUCCCUCAGUUAAUUUUAACCAGCAACAAGCCCUCAAUAAAUGAAACUAUCUCGCCACAAUUGAAUUAAUCGUUUCGAUUCUCAUUAAAACAUAAAAACAGAAACAAAAAAAGCGUCGAUUGUACAAUAAUUUCGAUCGGUGCUUGAACCCUCUAAGACGCUUCGCUACAUUAGUCAAUAAUUGUGCCGUGAUUGUAUAAUGAAUAGUAAUAAAUAAAACUUAUCAAUGAUAAUAAUAAACAAAUGUGUGGAGAAAACUGAAUAUAAUUUAUAUCAAUGGAUAUUUCGUAGUCACAGGAUGGCAAUGGUCUCAGUUUCAUUAUUUUCAAUUUAUUGACAAGAAAUGUACGGGUAUGAUUCAAUGGCAUUAAUUUAAUCAACUCAGCGAACUGACGUCUGUCUUGAGUUCCCGUUAUGAAGGGAGAAAAAGGAUUUUUCUAAAGAUAUAAAUAUUCUUUUGAAAAAAUGAUAUUUUUGGCAAAUGACUCAUUCCAAUUAAACAAGAUCGUGUAAAUUUAUUUAGGUAAUAAUUUAUUUACAAUUUGAUCAUUAAUUGGAAUGGAGCUGAAUGCCACAUUUAGUAAACUAUCUAUUGCUAUGUCUUAUCAGGAAACUAGAAUUUGUCGUAAUCAUCUAAUUAUUGGCCUGUUCCACUCUAAUAAACUCAUUACCCAAAUGAGUAGAGGGUUAGAUCCCCUGAAAUUUUAAAAUAUCCAAUUGAGGGGAAGAUUGUGAAAAUCAUGAACUUGACUCUAGAAAUCUGCUCUUUCUCCCUGCAUAGAAGAUUACCAAAUGAAUCUUGACCGGUCCCUUAGCAAAAUUGCGUACAAAUAUUUCUCUCAAUUUACACUGAAAAAAAAAUCAAAAUAUAUGAAACUACGAGAGGCUCCGAUUGCGUACGUUAUAGGCAUAGUAUAAAUAAAUACAUAAAUAAAUGGAAAAUGAAUAAAUAGUAUAAUUAAAUUUAGAAUCGAAAGAUGUAAGUUUAUAAAUGUGCAAAAACGUAUAAAACUAUAAGACAUAUUUGUAGAGAAAAGUGCGUGUGCAUAUAUUAAUGUAUAUAUACGCACGGAGGGAGAAUAUACAAAGAUGGAUAGUAAAAUAAUGGAAGAAUAAGUUAAAUAUUGAAAACAUAGAUUGUUAUGUUAUCAUAAGAUAAUAGUUUUUAGAUUAAUGAUAAUGAACGCGAAAUUAUUGCGAAAGACGUUGAACGGUUGGAAAAUGAUAGACGAAUUUCAUAGGACCCUACACAUUAUAACAAUGUAACGAAUGAACAUGAUGGAAUAAUAAAUAAUAUGUCAUAAAAUCAAAUUGUCGGCCUAGGGGUUUUGUGAAUUUCAUAAUAUGAAUAGAAAUGCGACAUCAAUGCAACUACUGAGUUAUAGAUAUUGAGUUUAUUUCAGUGAAAACGAAAAUGCAAUCAUGAAUAAAAUGGCAUUGAUAAUAAUACGAUUAAUAUAACGAAAUUAAUUGACGAAGUAAAAAUUGCCGACUCAGUUGCCCCUUAUUUAACAUGUGGUAAACUAAAAAUUAGAGCUUGAUUGAAAAAUUGCCUUAAGUCGUACUUUUUUACAUCGACAAUGCGGUCGAACACGUAAUUUUAAUAAUUCAAUUUUUUAAAUACAUUGGAAUAAGGAUUAUUUACAUUUUCCCAUUUUUAAACGUGUUGUUGUCACCCACGAUCGUGAUUCAAGCGCACAGAUGUGUGUAAUGCAUAUGUGUAGCAUAAAUAUAUUUGGAGAAAGUAAGAGUUUAGAUGAGAGAAUGCGCGUAGUGAGUAAGAUGGAACAGCUACAAUAGUAUGUUUAAAGAAUAUUUAGUUGUACAUUUAACAUGAAUGACACUAUUUAAUAUAUGAUUGAUUAAGGAUGUAAUAAACGGGUUGUAUAGAAA